AUGAACUCGGAACACGUUCUUGAUCAUAUGGAGGAUGCAGUUUGCACGGAAUCGACAGUUUCUUUUGGGUUUCAAAGCAAAGCAGCUUCAAUGGAAUCAAAGCUCUCUUGCGGGAUUGACCCGGAGGCCGUUUCAACAGAGUUAACGCUCUCUUGUGGCCCGGUUCAGAUCGAGUCCAAGAAAUGCAAAGCACCCGAAGCUAGAAACUCUCUUCAUCACGUCUCCUUUGUCAGGAUCCACGAGCUGCUAUUUACUGAUCCCAGGAAGACUAGCGAAACCGUAAUGAUAAACUCUGAAGUUAAUCCAAAGGAAGAUAGCCCAGUCUCUGACAAUUCUGAGGUUACAGUGACCUCCAUUAAUAAUGCCGUGACUGCAAGGACGGGAUCAGUACGCCUCGAGAAAGAUCUACAUGCAGAGAGGAGUACGCCGACUGCCAUGGAGGCCAAUCCUUGGAAAAUAAAAAAGACACUGACGGAGAGUGAUCUUGGUAAUUUGAGCCGGCUCUUGCUGAAAACAACUUGGGUAAGGGAUCAUGUUUUGCCAUUCUUGGAUAGUGAUAUCAUUAGAUCAGAAGUUGAGAGUGAUAAGGGCAUGCGCGUUAAAGUUUGGGAUCAAGAUUCUCAGUCAGCACAUAAGUUGGUUCUCAAGAAGUGGAAAACCUGUAAGAGCUAUGUUUUGAUCAAUGGGUGGCACAAAGAUUUUGUGAACAGGAGGAACUUGAAGAAAGGGGAUGUCAUUGGCCUUUACUGGGAUCCCUUUGAUUCGAUAUUCCAUUUUAGUGUUCUACAAAGCUGGGCUGAUCUGGUUGCUGAUCAUCAUCAUCAUCAUCAGCCAAAUCUCUAA